UUCAGUUCAGUAAUGAUAAAAAAAAAAACAAAUAUUUCUUUGACAUUUGAAAACAAAACAACUAAAAAAAUCGAGGAAAUUUAAAGAAAAAUCAACGUUGAACGAAGAUAAUCUUGAGAAUAUAGAUGAAAUGAGAACAGUGCAUCAAUGUUUGUUUUGUCCGCAAACAUUUGGCAGUGCCAGCGAAAAAGAUGAUCACAUUUUACAACAUUUUGCCCAAGAAACAUGCAUCGAAUGCGACCAACAUUUAAUUCGUAUCGGUAGUAAUUUGUACACUAAGCACAAUGCCGUAACAUGUAUUAAAGUGAACAUCAAAACAGAAGAGCCAAUUUGCCAAGAGGAUCAACACGAAACCAUCGACGAAAAAAGAGAUGAAAAUGGUUUUACAGCGGUCAAAUCAUUGACCAUUGAAACAAAACCCGAUUUAAUUGCUUUGAAUGAACAACUUAUGCUUGCCGAUGAGAAUAAUUUGGUAGAGAAUUGCGAAUACGAACUCGACUCAAUUGAUACAUCGGGAGCCGUAUCUGAAUCGACAACAAACAAUGAAAACGAAUCCAAUGAAUGCAAUAUGUGCGGCAAAGUGCUUUCAUCCAAAGACGGCUUGAAAAAACACGUAUUAAUCACACACAGCGCCCCUGGUCAUUUUCCGUGUGAAAUAUGUCCAAAUGUGACUUUAACGCGAAAGGAUUCAUUGAGAAAGCAUAUGAAAAUGAAACAUGAUCCGAAUCGGGUAAAAUUCAAGUGUAAUUAUUGCCCAUCGGUGUUUUUGAAAGAAAUCUCUCUGGAAGCGCAUCUUUCUAAAUGUAAAAGACGAACUGAGAUAUUAGAAAGUGGAGACAGUGGCACCACCAUUGAAACUGUGAACACUUUUCAAAUUAAGGAGGAACAAAUUGAUGAUGAACACGAAAAUUCAGAGAAUACAGUUUGCAUGGAAACGGUAGAAAUGGAACCAGGACAACAAAAUGAACAUUCACCCGUCAAAAUUAUAAAUGAAUUCAAUUCGAAUGAAAAUAAUGAUCGAGAAAAGGGGAGGCAACCAAAUGGCGACGACAAGAAAUGUGACAUAUGCCAUAAAACAUUUUUUGAUAAAAAUACAGUUCGAAGACACAAAGUGCUCGUGCAUGGUGAAACAUCCGGGACGCAUGAGUGUUCGAAGUGCAAAAUAAAAUUCUUCAGCGCAAAAGGUUUAGCCAGACAUGAGCUAAAGUGUACAAAAGAUGUUGCCGAAAGUCUCGAAUGUAAAGUCUGCAAAAUGGUAUUCGAAACAAAGUCAAGUCUCACAAGACAUAUAACCCAUGCACAUUCAGAGGUCAAAAAAUUUCGUUGUACAACCUGUGGAUGCAUUUCUACUAACAAAGUAACAUUUGAAAAUCAUAAAUGUGGAAGAAAUAUAACAAAUCCUACCGCGAGUGCGAUGAAUCGACAAAACACCAUCGGUAAAUUUGUGUGUGAUAACUGUGGAAAAACAAUAGGAUCAAAAAUAGCGUUGCGAAAACAUAAAAUUCGCUUUCACAGUGCCGAAGGUACACAUGUUUGUGCUUGUACGAAAAUGUUUGGUACGGCUGAAGCACUUGCCGAACAUAAGGCCAAAUGUGAAUUCAGAAAAAAAUCCAGAUUUCCAUUGAUACAUAGGGGAAAGACUUUUGAAUGUCACUUGUGUCAUAGAGUUAUUAAAGACAUAAUCUCCUUUCGCAGACACAUGCGGCGAAUACAUGUGCCAUGUAAAAAGAAAUAUGAGUGUGAAACGUGUGGAAAACGUUACGUACAUCCAUUUCUACUUCGCAAUCACAAUGAAUCGGUUCACUUGAAAAUUCGCAAAUCCUUGUGCACAAUAUGUGGAAAAUCCUUUUUAACCGAGCAAACACUGCGGAUUCAUACGUAUAAACAUACAGGAGAAACACCAUAUGAAUGCCCACUUUGUGAGAAAGCAUUUUCUAAUCCAACAGUACGAGAUAUGCAUAUACGGACUCAUAAGGAAGAAAGAAAUUUUAAAUGCCCAUAUGAAGGAUGCGACAAACGAUUUAAAACUCCAGCUAAUGUUUAUACGCAUAAGAAAAAAAUGCAUGGCUAUGAGAAAAAGAAACCACAAUUGUAAUAACAUAUGGAAAUAAUCGAAACGAAGCCUGAAUUAUAAAACAGAUUAUAUAGUUAUUAGUUAUAGCGAUGAAAAUAUAAAUAUUAAAAUGAUUCUCAAAUUUAA